UAGCAUCAUCAUCACUUUAAAUACCACAACGCUCCCCUCAAUAUUCCCUUGCUUGCCGUAUUAAUCCCAAAAUUUGGAAGAAAGCAACGCCUAACCUGAAAAAUUAUGUUUUCUCUCUAACCUUUUUUUUUUUUUUUCGUCAUUCUCUCCAACAUUUUUUUGUGUUUCCUUCAUUUUUUUUCUGGGUGGUGGAGGAGCCAAAAAAAAAAAAAAACAAGUAGCAGGCAGCCACAGGAAUCAAUCUCAAUCAAAUGGGGAAGAACAACAAGAUCGGUAGUGUUGUAAGGAUCCGUCAGAUGCUUAAACAAUGGCAGAAGAAAGCUCACAUCGGAUCAUUCAACAACAACAACAACAACGAUCCUCCUGUUUCCGAUGUACCUCCUGGUCACGUUGCUGUAACCGUCGGCGAUAAUCAUCGGAGAUACGUUGUUCGCGCCAAACAUCUCAACCAUCCCAUCUUCAGACGUCUCCUAGCUGAGGCUGAGGAAGAGUACGGAUUCUCCAACGUUGGUCCGUUGGCUAUACCUUGCGAUGAGUCAUUGUUCGAGGAUAUAAUCGAGACUGUGAUACGUUCUGAGUCAUCUGGUGGAUGUGGUGGUAUUCUGAGUCCGGCGACGAUAGAGGAUCUCCGGAGAUGUAGUCACGUCGGAUUAGCUAAGAGCGUUGAAUCUCGUCCGUUGCUUCCUGGGAUUGCUGAAAAAUCUGUGUGCUAAUUAUUUGAAAAAAAUCUAUGAUGAUGCUUUGGAGAUGGCAAAAACAUUAGGGCUUGAUUGUUUUUUUUGGUUAUCGCCAGUGUCAUCGUCGUCGUCGUCAUCCCAGAUUUGAAUGAAGAUUGUUCAAGUUUUUUUUUUUUUUUUGGAGAGAGGAGCCCUCAGUUUUUUUAUAUUUUUGAUUUUGGUCAUGAGAUUAUUAUUAUUUGUAUUUAUCUUUUUGGCUAUUUUCAAAAAUUGUAUAUUCAGCUUUCUGGAUUUUAUAACUGAGGAAUAAUAAUAAUAAUAAUAAUAAUAAAAUUUCUA